AAAAUGGCGACCGUACAUCGUGCCCGCAGUGGAGAUGACCGUUCUUUCCGGCUCUUAUGUACCUGGCAUGGCUGCUCAAGAACAGCUGCUUGCGCAGGCUCUGACCGACCUCUCUGCCUGCCUGGGUCGCUCUACCGCGGUCCCCUGCACCCUAGCGAGCUGUGCAGAGCUGCUCCAGGCAGUGGUUGCCUGGGCAGCACCCGGUACGGACCCCGGAAGUGAGCAGGGGACGCCCGGGAAAGCGGCCGCUGCCGCUCGAGCUUUCGCUAAGCUGCUUGAAGCAGCGAGAGCAGCAUCACGUGAUGGUGAUAGCCCGGCAACUGCGCCGGGAGACUCCGCAGGAGCAGAGCUACCUACAUCCGUGACGUCAGAAAACGCAGAGGCGCCUGGGAAGUCCGCCAGUCUUGUUGUGCAGUCAAAGAGUGGGUGGGAAGGAGUUGUGGCCCCUACAUCACCAGAGGAUGGAGAUGAGGCUCCUGGUACCAAAGAAGCACCAAGGACUAAUCCAGACAUCUCAGGUGUGGGUCCAAUGGAUCCCCAGUAUGUCCUGCGCUGUGCUACAGUGCCCGUUCUCCUGCUGUGUGGGGCACAUAUUCAGGACAAGCCAUGGACAGAUUGCCACUCCCGGGCAUUAGCUAAACAGCUUCUCCAAACUCUUUUAGAAGUCUUGAACUUUAAAUCUGUGGCUGAUCUCAUCAAAGGAAAUAAUCAGGAUCUGCCCUUUAGUACAUUUAGGGAGGCAUUGGGACUUUUAGGACCCCUGCUCUGCAAAGACACGUGGGAGUCCCACCCUGAGGCAAAGUUGGUCUUCUCCUGGAUGCUGUACCAGGUGCCCCGUCCUUGGCUCUCUGACUUCCUCAGCAGAGUGAUGCCGCCAUCUCUGCUCUUCUCUGAUGACUACAAGCCAGAGAACAAGGUGUUGGGUAUAUGCUGCCUACAUCACAUCAUCAAGAAUGUGCCGGCAGCAGACCUGAGACAGUAUAACCGGGCGAUGGUUGUAUAUCACGCUUUGCGUAACCACCUUUAUACAACAGAUGCUGAGGUUAUAGAGGUAGCCCUGCCCUGCCUGCUGGACCUGUUCCCUGUCCUCCAGAAACCGCCACCCGCAGUGGGCGCAUAUCAGAAAGAUGCGGAGAAUCCGUCGGACCAGGUUCUGCAGCUGGUUCUCACUCACAUGGAGAUGGAGCACAAGAUAGUCAUGCGCAGAUUGUAUGCGCGCAACCUCCCCGCACUCCAGGAAAGGCUUGGAGUGAGGGUAGUCCGUCACAUGAAGAGGCUGCUACGUGUGAUAGUUUCAUAUCUGGAAGUUUAUGAUGGGCCAGAAGAAACUGCUCGGCUCUGCAUCCUGGACACUUUACAGGGGACCAUCAAGUAUGCGUGGCCUCGGAUCCCCUCCAGGCUGCCUCUUCUACUAAAGGCUCUGCUAAAGCUCAUAUAUGAGGUUUCUUCUGAUCCUAGUCAGCACUCUCUGCCUGUCCGGGAGGCGUUGCUCCAUUCUGCCAGUGACUGUCUGGUGCUGCUAGACCGCUGCUGCCAGGGACAAGUCAAGAUUGCCCUGGAAGGAAUCCCAGCUAUAUGCAAUGAACCUCUACUAGUGAAAUGCAUCAACAGAGUUCUACAUGAUACAUGAAAAUAAAUAUUAAACCAAAUAAACAUGCGUUAAAAGACAA